UUUUUUUUUAAUUUGGCCGUGAGUAAACCCUUUUUUAUUUUGUUUAUUUAUGUCUUAUUUCCAUGUAUUUGCAGUCGGCCAAUGGAAGAAGAUGCCCCUACGAAAAACGAAGAGGAGGAGUUUAACACAGGUCCACUUUCUGUUCUAAUGAUGAGUGUUAAAAAUAACACACAGGUUCUCAUCAACUGUAGGAAUAACAAAAAGCUUCUGGGCCAUGUGAGGGCUUUUGAUCGCCACUGCAACAUGGUGCUAGAAAAUGUUCGAGAAAUGUGGACUGAGGUGCCAAAGACUGGGAAAGGCAAGAAGAAAGCUCUUCCAGUUAACAAGGACAGGUUUAUCAGUAAGAUGUUCCUUCGCGGGGAUUCGGUUAUAAUUGUCCUCAGAAAUCCCAAGUGAGAGGUAGCGAGGCCCUACAGGAUAGGGUAGAUCUAUGUCCGAUUCUGGAAGAAUUUAGCUGAUGGUUAUCAUUUUGAAGUUCUUGUUUACUACGCGGUUGAUGUAUGACGCGGAAUUUUUAAUUUCUCCUGUUUAUUAGCCCAGUAUAUUGGAUAGAUUUUAACCUUUCAUCACCAUGAAUUAUGAAUCUGUAGUUUCUACGCAACGAAAUUAAGAUGAAAUCAAAUACUAAAAUCUUGUGAGCUGUUGCAUAGGCUUUCUAUCAUUCUGGUUGCUAUGUGCUCAGUUUGAAGUUC